GGGGAGUGGCUCGAGAUUUUUCAGAAGGUCUUGGACGGAAAUCACGUGACUCGCCGCGCAGUGCGCAGGCGCAGAAGCGCUGGCGGUUGUCCGAUUUAUUUCAGUGUUGAAUGUUUCGCUAAACCUGUUGAAUGCGUUUGUUCUUCACUUUUGACUCACUUUCGUUUUCUGUUCGGGGUUUUCACUGGAUAUCUGUGAUUGUGCUAUGAGUCCAGUGUGUGAUCAUGUGGUGUGAUGAUGUCAUCAUGUCCCCUGAGUCCACCGUGACGUCACUGCUGGCCACAUCAGGACACCUGCAGAGUGGUCUGCAUCCAGAGCCCGUCCCCACCAUCACAUACAGAGACAAGCGUUACGUGUCUGCUUCAGAGGCUCUGGACGCAUACAUCGCUGACUUCCAGAAGAUCCCGCGGGACUCAGAAACCACAACAGGGAAACUUCAAGUGACCAGAGAGCUUUCAAAACCUCGUCCACGAAACAGAGAUGUACUGAAGACCAGUUUGACGGAGGGAGAGCUGAAUGUCCUCACCUUCCCCGUUCAGAAGAGAGACUCUGAUCGUCUCAGCAUGACCACUGAUGAUCUCCUAGCUCUCCCGAUAGACGGCUCUCUGCCCGUGACCCGCACCUCCGCUCUCCUCUCCCAGUCUGGGAUCUCAGCGUUGGGACUGAGCUUUAACUCAAGGCUCAGCGGAACUCAAAAACGCUUCCUGCGUCCUCCUCAUCAGAGAGCUCCGCCCACAGCACGACCGUCCACGAGCAGCAGGACGUCUCUCCCUGUGGAUGAUUUACAUCAAGGUCAUUCUUCUAAUCGCACACCCCACACACCCAGAUCGUAUAACCUCCCACGCUGGAUAACCAGCCAGAAAUCUGAGAUGGAUUUUUCUGGAAUGUCCAGCGUCCCUGACCUGAAAUACCCAGGAUGGCUCGGGCAGUGUGAAGACUCCUCGUCCGGCAGCGCUCGGACUCCUCCUCCUCUCAGAGUUCCUUCAUGGGUGGGUGAACUGGAGAGUCCAGAGGAGCGAGACGGUCAGACUGAAGCUCACAGAGGUGUGAAAGGUCACUCGAGAGAGCUGUGUGAACUGAGGAAGAUGCGGUUGCAGUUUUCAGAGCCAGUAAAGAGAAAAGAAAAACAAGACAGGUGGCGUCUGAAAGAUGAGAGGAUUGAUUCUCUGAUCUUCAGAGCCGAGCAGACGCUCAACUCAUCGUCUCAUGGUCUCUGUGAGCGGGUUGAAGGACACAACACCUCCGGAGAUACGGAGGACAGUCUGGAUGCAGAUCGCUCCUGGGACAAUCCACCUGUCACAUUUAAAUCUCCAGUGCCUGUGGGCAGCGCCGAUGACAAGUCUGCGGGUUCAUGCUCGUCGGGUGACAGCAGCAGGAGACACCCGGGUCCGGUGGAGGCGCUCAAACACAUGCUGCUGCGUCUGCAGGCCGUAGAACACAACAUCAGUCAAUCCAACACGACAGAUCCACCGAGAGAGCCAGAGGAACAGCUGGAAACAGAAGAUCAGGAGACGAGCGGAGAGUCUUUGCAGAGAGCUCUGCAUCAUCUGGAGAGACUGAAGACUCUGGUGGAUGACAUGAACGAGAGGAGCCACAGAGAACCCUGCAGCGAGGAUCAAACAAUCUGAUGGGUUUAGAAUGCACGCUGUGCCUUUAAUACGUGCCAAAGAUAUCUCACUGUUGCCGUUAUUUAUUUUCAUCAUUUUAUAAACUGAUGGUACUCUGCUUUUGGUUGGAGAAACAUAUGGUGCCAACAGUUACAUGAAUGUUUACAUUUUCGCUAAAUCACACUGUUGAAUGUUUGAUUAAAUCAUACUGUUUCAUGUGCA